AUGGCCAACUUCCGGCGAUUCCAGCCAGUACGUCGAACCUUUCACGAGAAGAAAUACGCGCCGCGUGCAUACAUGUAUAUUGACCAGGCCGCAGUCAUGGGGAAGCUCGAGUCCUCGCCCGAUGAAUACAAAUUCUCAGAACACUACCUGCCCUGGCACGCACACAUCACGGCCAUUACGAUUGCACCGGAGGCACGGCGGCUGGGCAUCGGGCGGCUACUGAGCGAGCAGCUCGAGGCAGCGGCCGACGCCAACGAUGCCUGGUUUGUGGACCUGUUUGUGCGCGUCACCAACGACAAGGCGAUUGCCUUUUACAAGAAUAUGGGCUACAGCGUGUUCCGCGUGGUCAAGGAUUACUACGGCGACCACUCGACGGAUCCCACCAAAGAGAGCGAGGACGCAUACGAUAUGCGCAAGGCCAUGAAGCGGGAUGUCAAGCUGCAGCACAUCCGCGACGACGGCGAGAAGCAUGAGGUCGAGCCUUACGAUGUGUGGUAA